GAAGGAGGAGGGGAGAGAAAAACAACCCGACGGAGGUAUUUUAUCUUAAUCACUGGGCGCCUCCAUUUAAAUUAAUUUGACAAGUUUUCCCCUCUCACGCAAAUCCGCAAAUCCUUAUUAAAGGACGCGCCACGACCAAAUGACAAGCGUCUCUAAAUGCUUCGUCAUACCGUCCGAAGGAAGAGAAAAAAAAUAGAAAAAUAAAGAUUGUGUGGAGAGGAGAGAGGGAGGAGGAGGGGGGGAGAAAAAAAGUGACAAAAGGUUAAGUCGCAUCUCCCCAACGAUAUUUCCCUGUAGGGCGCCCUGAGCCAUCCCCCUCCCUGCUCUCCUCGUGUUUCUAUAGUAAUUUCCAGCCAAUGAUCAGUAGGUGUCCGCAUCUCAGCUUCCUCACCUCAGCACCAAUCAGCCACACGCAGCGACAGGAGCCGCGGACCGAGCCAGCACUAAGCUACACAAUACAUUCCGGAUCAGGAGGAAACACCUCAACCCCUCCGCAAUUUCUACACGCCUGCUUGAUAUUUAACACGCGUUUUGCGCCCUUUUUUCUACUUUUUGUGAACGCUAUAAGAAAGUCGGGAGUAAAAAAAAUUAUGGUGUUGUUUUGAGCGCCCUGUCUCCGUCGCCUCGUGCGUUUGGGUCUUCUUUGGAUUCUUUUUAUUUGCAAUAUUUUUGCCCCGUAUGAAAUUGGCAGUAAUGUGUCGCUAUAUGGUUUCAGACUGGUAGCGUCUAUACCGUCUCUUCUCAACAGUAGGACCCUCGUGGAGACCAGUAACCAGGAUGGUCACUCAUCGCAUGUAACCAUCCUCAGUUUGACCACGGCCAUCGAGACCACCGAUUCCUCCCAGUGAACCUUAUCAACCCCCUGCCUCAGCCAUGUCGAGUAUAAACAAUGCGCUUUGCAUCGAAAAUGGACAGAACAUUGACCUUUCUCUCUUGAAGGAUAAUCUUCAGGACGGUGGAUUAAGCCAGCUUUUGGAUUAUAAUGCCGAGAUGGAAAGGUACCGGUCUUUUGCGAACUUUUACAAAACCAACGGCGCGUUUCCACAGACUGCCAAGAUUGCCCGCAUCACAACGCCCAUUUUCCCCAGCGCCAGAAUUGGCAUGUCCCCUUGGAACUGCGAUAACGCCAUGCUCUGGGGGAGGAAAUCAGCGGCAAUAAACCCUAAUAGGACCAGCAUGCAUAGAAACGACUCCCAGAGGCCGGGGAAGCCUGGCAUGGUGCCAGAGUCGCUGCAAAUGGCAAAUAAUAAUUUCCUCUCUACCUUAUCCCCCGAACACUGCAGACCUUUAGCAGGAGAAUGCAUGAACAAGCUGAAAUGCGGCGCUGCUGAAGCAGAGAUAAUGAAUCUCCCAGAACGCGUUGGAACUUUUUCCGCUAUUCCGGCUUUAGGGGGCAUCUCAUUACCUCCCGGGGUCAUCGUCAUGACAGCCCUUCACUCCCCCGCAGCCUCAGCAGCCGUUACAGACAGUGCGUUUCAAAUUGCCAAUCUGGCAGACUGCCCACAGAAUAAUUCCUCUGCAUCCAGUGGAAACCCGGCGAAGAAGAAGAGGAAAAGGUGUGGGGUCUGCGCGCCCUGCAGGCGGCUCAUCAACUGUGGCGUCUGCAGCAGUUGUCGGAACCGCAAAACCGGCCACCAAAUCUGCAAAUUUAGGAAAUGCGAUGAGCUGAAGAAGAAGCCGGGCUCGUCGCUGGAGCCUCUACAUCCAUGGGAGCAGCUGAGGAUCAUGAUAGCCAAGGUAGCCACUAUCAUGGCUAGCCUCUAACAUGACUAGAUGUUA